AGAGGAGCAGGGCCCCCGACAUCUUAUUUUCUCCCUACCAGCCCCAACUAUACCCAGGAAAGCCGCGUUGAUUUUGGGUCAUUCAACAAGGGUUCGCAACGUGCCCAUGACACGUUUUGCUGCAUUCCCGCUUCACGAUCCGAUCACACACGCUGCCGGAUCAUGCUCCGCGCGAUGCCUGACUUUGCCGGUGACCACUACACUUCUUCGCGAGCACAGCGCCCAUGCGGCGGUCCAAAAAAUGAAUCAGACGCCGGGCAUCGCACCCUCGCCCAUUCACCUAGAGCUGUGCCGAUUCGAGCUCGAGAUCUGCUCAUCCUUAGCGGGACGGUGACCGCUUCGUGUGAAAUUACGACGAAGGUCGGGGUCAUGUGGGGUGUGUGUGUGGGGGUAGAGUGUGUGGGGUUGAUAGCGAUUGCGAUAUCCGCAACAUCGGACCGGAUAGGGAUGGGGGUGUAGGUUGAAUGCUGGCUGUCAAGUGCGAGGCGUCGGGCAGAGGGCCUCGGAGGACGUGCGAAGUCAGUUCUUGCAUGCCAUUAUCCUGUCGCCGGUCAGCAUUUCCGCCGGCUCGCGCCCCUCAUCCCCCGGGUUCAUUUGCAAAAAAGCACGAAGCCUGGCUGUGACGGGACCGACUGACAUGGGAGAUUGAUUUGGCCAGCUUCUUCUCUUUCUCCUCUCUUCUCUCAGCUGGUCUCCGGGCUGCCGUAAUGUCGGUCCGGUGCCCAUAAUAUGCCGCAUUUAAGCAAUGCACGAGGUGUUAGGUCGGAAGAACACUCCAGCGUUCCCACUCCCACUCUCCGUCGUCUUUUCUCUUCUCUUGCGCUCUCCAACUCUUGCCACGAUGAUGACUCCGACGUCCGAGAAUGAAAAACCUGCCCCGACGAAGGCGAGGCGGUUCCAGGCGCACUCGCUCAAGGUCGGGAACCGACUCACGAAUGCGUCGAAUUUGACGCUCAGGGAGACGCUUUGGCCGCUCUUCCUGGUUACGAUUCUGUACUUCCUCUGGGGAUUCGCGUACGGCCUGCUCGACACCCUCAACAAGCACUUCCAGAACACCCUCAACAUCACCCGCACGCGCUCAUCAGGUCUCCAAGCGGCCUACUUCGGUGCCUACCCGCUCGCGUCGCUGGGCUACGGCAACUGGGUCCUGCGCAACUACGGCUACCGUGCCGUCUUCAUCCUCGGACUGGUGCUCGAGGGUAUCGGUGCGCUCCUGAUGUGGCCCGCGGCGCUCAAGCGCAGUUUCGGUGGAUUUUGUGGAGCGACGUUUAUCAUUGGGAGUGGGCUCGGGUGUCUGGAGACUGCGGCAAACCCGUACAUGGCUGUGACUGGACCACCUAAAUACGCCGAAAUCCGAAUCAACAUCGCCCAGGCCGUACAGGCCAUCGGAACAGUCAUCGGCCCCGUGCUGGGAUCAUAUGUAUUCUUCAAGCAGACGGGUGAUUCGGUCAACUCGCUCAAGACGGUGCAGUGGGUGUACCUCGCGAUUGCGAUCUUCGUGUUCUUCCUCGCGGUCGUGUUCUUCUUCUCGGUUAUUCCCGAAGUCACAGACACGGACAUGGCGGAACAAGCGGGGAGAACCCACGCAGGCGAAGACGCGGGCGAUAAACCAUUCCGGAAGCAGUACAAGGUAUUCUUCGCUGGAUUCGCUCAAUUCUGCUACACUGGCGCGCAAGUCGCCAUCGCGUCCUACUUCAUCAACUACAUCACGGAAACACGCGCCAACACGACCAACCAGCUCGCCGCCUCCUUCCUCGCUGGUGCACAGGGCUGCUUCGCGGCGGGCCGGUUCUCCGGUUCGGCUCUUAUGACGCGCAUCAAGCCGCGCAAGGUGUUCCUCGCGUACAUCUCGCUCGUGAUUGCGUUUGCGGCGGCGUCGGUGGCGCAGACGGGGAACAAGGGCCUCGCGAUGCUGAUGCUGUGUCUAUUCUUCGAGAGCGUUUGUUUCCCGACCAUCGUAGCGCUGGGAAUUCGGGGUCUCGGACGACACACGAAGCGCGGGAGUGGAUGGAUCAUUGCUGGGGUUGUCGGCGGCGCGUGUGUGCCCCCGCUCACAGCAAAGGUUGCUGACCUGCACAACUCCACUGCGAUUGGAUUCGUGGUUCCUGUCGCUUUCCACGUCGUGGCAUGGGUCUACGCGCUCUGCUGCAACUUCGUUCCAAUGUUCCGCGACCCCAUGGAUAAGGUUGGGAACGAGCACAGCGUUGAGGUCAUCGCUGCGGCAGAGGGUCAAGAGGAUCUACGGGAGGACUCGAUUGAGGAGAAGGUUUGAAAAUUUGGCCUAUGUAAUAUCACGGAGAUGUAAUUUUAUGCAUACGAACGUAAAUGAUUCACGACUUACGAUUUGAC